AAAAUACUAAUGGUGGAGAUCUCUAACGGAUUAAAAUUCAAAAAACACGAACGAUAUAAAUCCAUGUAGAUAAAUAUGAAUGUCGCGGUUGAGAUGUGUAGCAUUCGGAUCCACGGUUGAUCAAUUUCACCGUAAUAAUAAUACAUUGGUCUAACAAUAACUGCAGGUCAAUAAAUAUAAAUUAACAAUUUCAUAGCUAAUCGACAGAUGGCUCUGGCGUAGACCAGGCUAGUUUGUAAUAUAAUUUUUCUUUUUACAGAUAGAGCUUAUGCACCACAAAACGAUAUUGAAGACGUAAUGAAUACAUUUUAUGGACGUUUAGAAAAUGAAUUUUACAACAUAUUAGCAAACCUUUUCGUAUAUUUCAAAGAGGUGAACGAAUUUGACGAUAUCAUGGUGGCCUUAGAGGGGGAUGCCGCAGCAGCUGAAUCGUAUCCUGAGCCAAUCAAAAAACUUAUUAAGAAUUAUAUGGAAAUUGGACAUUUACAUUACUAUACAUCAGUAUAUUUCUUUUGUGAUCGAUACCGAAAAGGAUUAGAAUUUAAAGAUAGUAAGUUAUAUUUUAGUACUAUAGCUAAUGCACAGUUCACAAGAAUUAAUUGUGUUUUUUCGUGUUAGAUUGAGCUCGUUGACUUCAAAAUUGUAAACAUGAGUAGUACAAGGUAUUUAGAUAUUAAUUAACGAUAUAAACUGCCUAAUAUGUCAAAUUUUAAAUUUAUUUAUAUUCAUACAAUAUUUAGUGUACGGAUAAUAAUUAAUAAAAAUAGUUCUAAUGAGAGGUGAACUGGGUUUUAUUCCUCAUUUCUAUGGUUAAACUCACGUUUUUAAAUUGUAUAUUUUUGUUGUGAUUUGUGGUAUAUUGAAAGUUGUAAUAUUUGUUGUAAUAUUAAAAAGCAUGUUUUAUUUACAUCUCAAAUUAAUAUUUUUGGGUUAAAUAAGCUUAUAUUGUAAAUAAGACAUAG